AUGCCACAUGCUGACGCUGCACUUGUACCUUCCAACGUCACGAACAAAGCACAGUUCUGGGAGCAUGUAUAUGGUCUGCUGGAAGGCCUAUUGGAAGCCCAGAAGAAUUGGGUGUCGAACUGUGCGAAUGCAUCUUCGUUGAUCUAUAACUCACUGCUAGCAUUUCCAUCGCAUUUUGGGCCUGGAGAAAGAGCAGUAAACUGGUGUGGGUUUUAUAUCGACUCAUCUCUCUUUCCAAGACCCUCGUUGUCCAGCAGAAAGACGGAAGGCCUGACACCGAAGGAGAAUAGACUUCUGUUAGGGCCUUUCUGUGGAAAGCCUGCAUGCCAGUUCAUCAACACGAUACCUGGGAAGAGUCGCGGCGUUUGUGCUGACGCAUACAUACAGAGAAAAACACUUGUUGUUCCUGACGUUGAUGCCUACCCUGGACACAUCGCCUGUGAUGGAGAGACCAAGAGCGAAAUUGUAUGCCCACUACUACUACUGGAUGGACGUUGUAUCGGAGUAUUCGAUUUAGAUUGUCUUGCAUUGAAUGGCUUUGACGAGAAUGAUAAAGUGGGUCUGGAGAGAAUUACAAAGCUUGUAGUAGACUCUUGUGAAUGGUGA